ACAGAACAACAAAAGAAAUAAGUAACAUAAAAAAUAAAGGAAGAAAAUUUUUAAAAACAAGUGAAAAUGGCAGCAAAUUUUCUCUCAAAUCCCACUGCAUUCCUCCAAUCAUCAUCAUCUUCUAUAACAUCUCAAAAACACAUAAUAAUAGUGAAAGGAACAAAUGCAUGUAAACCAUUGUGUAAAUUACCAACUUACACUAAUGUCUCAAAAAGAAGCCUAUCCAUAAGCCUUGCUUCCCUUUUGGUGCUGUCUUUAACUGGAAACAACAAUAUUGGUGCCAAUGCAGCCAUUUUAGAGGCUGAUGAUGAUUUGGAACUUUUGGAGAAAGUUAAGCAAGAUAGAAAAAAGAGGAUUGAGAAACAAACUGUUCUUAACUCUUCUAACAAAGAUAGAGAAUAUCUACAAGAUGUUAUAUACAAGCUUAGCAAAGUAGGCCAAGCAAUAGAAAACAAUGAUCUUCCUUCAGCUGGUUUAGUCCUUGGCCAAACCACUGAUGCAGAUUGGCUCAAGAAAGCUAAUGCAGCCCUCUCACAGUUGAGCUCAAGCCCGGAGGAGAAGUCUCAAGUGGAUACAUUCAACUCAUCGUUGACUUCUUUGUACUCGUCAGUAACGAAGAACGACAUAGAAGCUUCAAAAAUAGCUUUUGUGGACUCUGCAACUGCAUUUGAGAAGUGGACAACAUUAGCUGGCUUGGUUGGACAACUUAAGGGGCUUUGAGCGGAGUCUUAUUUAGGCUUCUUCCAUUUUUUCCAAUUUAGGAUCCAACUGUCAAGCUAUUUGCUUGCAUAAAUCCCUAUAACUUGCUUAUAUAUUGUUCAUUUCACUGUGAGAAUAUAAAUCUAAACUUGAUUCGUGCA